AUGAAAGACUUCUUCCCUCAUUUUCAUGCGUUAUCGAAGUUCGGCAAACAAAUACAGAAGCGGCAACUCGAGGUUCCCGAGUAUGCUGCCAGCUUCGUGAACUACAAAGCUCUCAAGAAGCUUAUCAAGAAGCUCUCUGCGACCCCUAUUCUUCCCCCGCAAACGGAUCUUCGGCGUGCACCAGGCGAACACCUAGAUACCCAGUCCGCCCUUCAGGCCAACAGGGCCACAUUUUUCUUCCAAAUAGACAGAGAGUUGGACAAGGUCAACGCUUGCUAUGUGCAGAAAGAAGCCGAGCUCAAGAUUCGGCUCAAGACUCUUCUUGACAAGAAGAAGGCCCUACGGUCAAGAAGCGGCGGAACUUCACGGCGAUCUACCAAGUUUACUACUCUUCAAGAGGGUUUCCAGCAGUUUGUGAACGAUCUGAACAAAUUGCAACAGUUCGUCGAGAUCAACGGCACGGCUUUCUCUAAAAUCCUGAAGAAGUGGGACAAGACAGCAAAGUCCAAGACAAAGGAGCUGUAUCUUUCAAGAGUUGUCGAGAAACGGCCGGCCUUUAACCCAACCGUUAUCAGCGAGCUGUCAGACCAAGCGACCACCAGUUUACAAGAACUGGGAGCGUGGGCUGAUGGCGACAACGUCAGCUUCGAGACAAGGGAAGACCAUGUCAUCAGCACUCAAAACCUCCUCGGGACUGAUGAGGGCGAUGCCGAUACGUUAUUGCUCGACACUGUUCUCGCGGGGAACAUCGAUGCCCUCAAAGAUAUGUUGGACCGUAUGAAGGCCACAGCAGCACCAGAUGGCUCUGUAGAUGUCUCCCUAGCGGAACGAGUUACCCGGACGUUUCUUGCGUCCAUCAACGAAGGCUCACUUGAAACCCUCAAAGUCCUCCUCGACACAGGGCUUGUUGACAUUCAGUCGUGGGAUGAUAUUAAUGAGCGGAACUGUCUUCACCAGGCGGCCAUUUACGGCAACUCAUUUGUUCUCGAAUACGGCCUGUCGAAAGGGGUCGACGCAGAGAGGACAGAUGCGUAUGGACGUGUGCCUCUGCACUACGCCAGUAUGCAUGGGCGUCUCGACAUGAUUGACGCCCUGCUCAAUGCUUCCCCCAAGACGAUCAAUCUGAUCGAUCACGAUAACUUCACGCCCCUUGUCCAUUCCAUCGUCCAUAACCAUCUCGAGUGUGUCGGUAGGUUACUCGGAAGGUCUGCUCGCAUAGACCCGGCGUCCGACACCGACCACGUACCACUAAAUCUUGCCUGUCAACAUGGUUCGGUGGCCAUCGUCGAGCUUCUCCUCAAGCACGGAGCCAAGAUCCUUGCUGACGCCGAGGGUCUCUACCCUCAACACUUGGUUGCAAGAUCAGGACAAACUCCAGAGAUUCUCGUGCUGCUUAAGCAGUACGGAGCCGAUCUUGAUCAGAUUGACAAGCUUUACGGCUGGACCCCGUUGGUUCAUGCAGCAAGUGAGGGUAACGUCCCAUGUCUGCAGGCCUUGCUCGAUAUCGGCGCAGAUCCCAACAUUCUCGAUGAGAAGGACCUCCCCGCCAUGUACUAUGCAGCCUGGGAAGGGCAUCUCGAAUGUAUGAAGCUUCUCACACCGGCCAAAAAGGAGAAAGCUGCCAGCCAACUCCCACCUAUACACAUUGGCAGAUCUUUGCCUCCCAUGGCUAGCAGCACCGCGCCGAUGCCCAUGUCCCUUGAUGCGAUCGACCCCAUUCCCGCGCUCGAGUUACCACCCCCUAUCAUUCCCCUACGCCGGUAUGGCCACAACUUCCUUGACACCAAGACUGUUGUGCAAAUCAGCUUUGAGGAAGACAGCGAACAACCUCUCCUCUUCUUCCAAGACGGCAAGUAUCCUGCCGCCCGCCUUACAAUCUCAUCCAAGUCCUCGGACCUUAUCCCGAAGAAUAUUAUUCUUCCCUUCCAGGAGGACACUAGGGUGGCGUCAUUCCAGAUCGACAACCUUGAAUCCUUCACUCUGGACUUUGAGGUAUUCCCGACGUAUGGCGCCAAGGUCAUCGCGAAGACCGUUGCUCUACCAAACAUCUUCCGUGCAUUGCUCAGCAGCUCGGGCAAGGUCUGCCUGCCACUAUUUGACCCUCGUCUGCGCGCUAUCGGCCAGAUCAGCUUCCAUGUGCAGAUCAUCAAGCCCUUCAGCGGAACGCCGCUUGAAAUCACGGAUUUUGAGACAUACUGGAAGGCCACCAGCCAGUUUGACGCGAACACGAGCACUUUUGUCACCGGCUCCAGUCUGUCAGGCGACUUCGUCCAGAUCUACGUCCAGCACACAAAGGACGGGGUUCCCGUGCUCUGGCCCAGAUGGACUAUCAACUGCGGCGGUAUUGACGUACCUGUGUCUCGUCUUAGCCUCGCCCAGUUCCAGACCGUCACCGCGCCCGCGAGGAACAACAUCAACCUCUCCGAACUAUCCGCUUACACCCUCGACCAAAUAGCCGACGUCCAUCGUAUUCUCGCCACCGUGGGCAUUAGUCUCCACGAGGCCCUCUUCCUGCUCCCCAAGGGCAUGCACGUCAACGUCCAGGUCUUGUACCCCACAGCUGACGAAGAGGCCGAAGCCAACAGCAGCACAGCCGCGGACGACGUCAACGAAUUCGCUGAUGCCAUCCUCAGCGUCGUCUUCGACCAUGCCCGUGCCCAGAGGGCUGAGAGACCGGAUAGCGUGCGAUCGGUGGUAUUUAGUUCGUAUAAUCCUACUUUGUGCACGGCAUUGAACUGGAAGCAACCGAAUUUCCCGGUGUUCUUGUGCAAUGAUUUGGGAAGAGGGGAUCAGAAGCAGCUGAAACAAGGAUCUUCUAACAAGGGUGGUGAUGGUGAUGAGGAUAUGGGUGGGACUAGUACUACUACUACUGCUGCUGGUGGUGGUGGUGGACAGGAGCAGGACACCACAGCGGGCGGAGAAGAUGAAAGGAUAUUGCAGAGUGAUGGAAGGAGGACAAGCUCGAUUAAGGAUGUGGUGAGGACGGCGACGAGCAAUAACUUGAUGGGGCUGGUUUGCUCUUCGAGGUUGUUGGACAUGGUGCCGGCACUGGUUGACGCUAUCAAGUCUCACGGCUUAGCACUGGUGGUGGACAAGUCUGGUGAGCCUGAGGCGACAGACAACGAUAAGCAGCUGGGAAUCAGCGGUGCGUUGGGAGGACUGGCGGGCGCGGAUCCCUUUCCUAAGCUGCCCAAGGGGGUGGAUGGGUUGCUCAAGAGUAAUGGCGUGUUGAGGUUCAAUGAGUAUAUUGAUGUAUAG